AUGCUUAUCGGUCUAUGCGGAGGGAUCUGCGCCGGCAAACAUGCGAUUGCCGAUUAUCUGAUUCAGCAGGGCUUUCGACUUCUCCAACUAUCUAGCAACCCCCCUCACCAUAUCACCAAUGAUGCGGACGAUGAUCUCAGACUACAGGCUUCGGAAGUGAGCGCGGACACGCUCUCAGAAUUCGUGUUUGACUCCCCCGAUUCCCUCCUAGAUUUCGCGACGAAACGAUGGCAAGAGCGUUGGGUGACGACUGAUAUUGCGAACGGCGAGACGCUCAACCGCUUCCUCCUGCGCCCCUUCUUCCUUCUCGUGAGCGUGGAUGCCCCUGUAAGCCUCCGUUGGAAAAGAUUCUCCGACCGAUGCUGGCGAAGACAACUGGAUCCACCCGAUCUAGAGAAAUUCGUGCUAUGGAAUGACCGCCAUCUGUAUGAAAAGGACAUUGGGCGCGUGUACCUGACCGGCAAGGCCCAUAUGCGCCUGUUCAACUCUUCCUCGUCCUUGGACGAGCUCCACCAAUCUCUCGAGGAAUUAAACUUGGCAGAUGAACAGCGACUACGACCGAAUUGGGAUCAGUACUUUAUGCAAUUAGCGUCUCUCGCCGCACAAAGAAGCAACUGUAUGAAACGAAGAGUGGGAUGUGUGCUCGUUCGAGAACGUCGCGUCAUCAGUACAGGCUACAACGGGACUCCUCGAAACCUGACGAACUGCAACGAAGGUGGAUGCCCGCGUUGCAACCGCGGCGACGGCGGCGGCGUCUGUCUUUCCACCUGCCUUUGUCUCCAUGCCGAGGAAAAUGCAUUGUUGGAAGCUGGGAGAGAGCGCAUUCGCGAGGGUGCAAUUCUGUAUUGUGAUACCUGCCCAUGCUUGACCUGUACCGUUAAGAUCACCCAGGUUGGAAUUUCCGAGGUUGUUUACUCACAGGGCUACAACAUGGAUAAGGACAGCGCUGCCAUUCUUGAGGCUGCUGGUGUUCGCCUACGACAGUUCAGCCCGCCAUCAAAUGGGUUGAUAUAUCUGUAG